CCCUUCCCUGCCAGUGGCUUCCCCAGUCACAUGGGCUUUGUGUGUGAGUUUAAAAGAUCCCAAAUCCGGAGCAGCCAGUGCAGUGUGCAGGCUUGGAGGUGCCCAUUGGUGCCUGCUGGAUGUUACAGAGACAGGGGAGACACCAGGAGACCCCCCCAGCCCUACAGCCACUGAGGGACACAACUGAAGGAAUCCUAGACUUUCUUUUUUAUCCAUGAAACUUCAGAGGAAUCACCAUUAAAGACACUCACAGCUGUGCUGCGCUCUAAAGCGUCUCCCCGCACUCUCGUCAAAGGCUGCGCUCUAUGAACUGACCGAGUGACACAAUUGCGAGAUGGCAAAUCCUGUGACCUCAGCCUGCGGUGUUAUUCUGGCAGUGAUGGUGAUGAUGGUAUUCGCUCAGCGACGUGGCCAGGAAGUCAAGCCAAAGUCUCGCCCCCUGCUGACAGAUUAUUUGUUUCAAGAGCGACUUCAGUCCCAGCGAGCCGGCAGGAGUUCCCAAAGAGAGACCCACCUCCAGUACGAGCAGAUGGGUUCUGACGCCAUUCUACGCUGUGGGUCGGUGGACCAGGACGCCGCAGUAACGUGGGCAGUAAACGGGACGGAUAUCGAGAACCCACAUCUCAACGGCUCCUUCCUGGUUCUGCAUAAUGUGAAUUUGUCGCACAGCGGCCUCUACUCCUGCUUCCAAGGCUCCUCCUCCAAACUCCUGCACCAAACCAACCUGCGGGUCGGCAACCCCCCCAGGGAACCCGUACUCAUGUGCCGAUCCAACAACUACCCGGCGUCGUUCUACUGCAGCUGGCACCUACCCUUCCCCACCUUCAUCCCCAACUCCUUCAACAUCAGCGUCAUGCACGACUCUAAGCAGCUGUACUGUGAGAAGGACCCCUUCCCCAAAAACAGGUGCCACAUCAAAUACAGCCGCCUCUUCUCUACCCAGAAGUACCAGGUCACCGUGGUGGCGACCAACGCGCUGGGCAAGAACUCCACCACCAUCAGCUUCGAUGAGUUCUCUAUAGUGAAGCCGGACCCACCGGAAAACGUGGUCGCUAAGCUGGUGCACAAUAACCCUCGCCGGCUGGAAGUCACCUGGCAGAUCCCGUCCUCUUGGCCGGAUCCAGACUCUUUUCCGCUCAAGUUCUUCCUACGCUACAGGCCUCUCAUCCUCGACCAAUGGCAGCACGUGGAGCUGUCGGAAGGGACGUCGCACACCAUCACGGACGCCUACGCCGGCAAGGAGUACAUCAUCCAGGUGGCAGCUAAAGACUAUGAGAUCGGCACGUGGAGCGACUGGAGCGUGGCCGCCUACGCCACCCCGUGGACAGAGGAGCCCAAGUACAUAACCACAGAAUCCCAGAAAACAGAAACAACAACAAGAAUCACAACAACGACCACCACCACUUACGUGGCGCUUUCAUCUACCAAGGACUGCGACCCGGCAUCUGUCAGAGGCUCAGCAGUCAGAGUCUCGUGGCUCCCGGCGCUCUUACUGGCGCCAGUCGGGAUUUUGCUUAUGUGAUGCGUUUGGGCAAAAGAAAGAAUUUCGAUAUUUUUUUUCUCUAUUUUGCACAUGUUACGGAGGAAGCAAACCGUUUGCAUUUUAUCUUUAUUUUUUGUUUUUAAUGGACAAGUCCAAUGACAUUAAGGUUGGCUCCGCCCAGGUAAUUAGGGAAAAAAACGAAUCGAAGAAACUCAACGUUCAUCACCGGAAAACUUGGAUCUGUCGCGGGAAACGCCGGCCAAAGGCGGAGCUUGAGUGUAAGCUUCCCAAAGGCGGAGCUUGAGUGUAAGCUUCCCAAAGGCGGAGCUUGAGUGUAAGCUUCCCGUACAAAGUCGCACAGCAUGUUGGGGGGGCCGGACAAAGGUCAUUUUACUAUCAAAAAACUUUGGGGGGGGGGAGGAAUUAAAAUGAAGGAAUUGGAAUGAAAAUGAAGCGGCCGCUAAGAUGG